AUGCCUUCCCUGAUGCGCGUCCUCCUUUUUGUCUCCCUCCUGUUUUGCCCUAUCCCGGUGCUAUCAUCCUCGGGACCAGAGGAUAAGGAAUCUAAUCUUCACAUUCGUCCACGCACAGAUCUCCCUCCGGGAUAUUCGUCGCCGGACUACUACCCCACCCCCAAUGGCGGCUGGGUGUCGGAAUGGGCGGAUGCCUAUGCCAAGGCGCAGAAGGUUGUGAGCCAGAUGACCCUGGCGGAAAAGGUCAACAUCACUUCCGGAACGGGCUACUUCAUGGGUCCCUGUGUGGGAAAUACUGGAAGCGCCUUGCGUUUCGGGAUUCCCAAUCUCUGUCUGCAGGAUGGUCCCUUGGGAAUUCGCAACACGGAUCAUAAUACGGCAUUCCCUGCGGGAAUCACCACUGGGGCAACCUUUGACAAGGAGUUGAUGUACGCUCGUGGUGUGGCUCUGGGCCAGGAAGCCCGCGGGAAAGGCAUCAACGUUCAAAUGGGCCCCGUCGUUGGGCCUUUAGGACGAAAACCUCGAUCAGGACGUAUCUGGGAGGGCUUUGGAGCGGAUCCCUCGCUGCAGGCGAUCGGUGCGGCGAAAACAAUUCAGGGCAUGCAGAGCGUCGGUGUCAUCGCGACGCUAAAACAUUUCAUCGGAAAUGAGCAAGAGAUGUACCGCAUGACCGAUGUCUUCCAGCAAGGGUAUUCGUCCAACAUCGAUGACCGCACCCUCCAUGAGAUCUAUCUCUGGCCGUUUGCUGAAGGAGUUCGUGCCGGGGUUGGAUCCGUCAUGGCGGCUUACAAUGAUGUCAAUGGAACGGCAUGUACCCAGAACAGUAAACUCCUCAAUGAUCUCUUGAAAGAUGAGCUGGGGUUCCAAGGGUUUGUAGUGUCGGACUGGUACGCCCAGAUCGGAGGUGUUUCUUCAGCGCUGGCUGGACUGGACAUGGCAAUGCCAGGGGAUGGCGCUGUUCCCUUGCUGGGAGACAGCUUCUGGAACUAUGAGCUAUCAACAGCCAUCUUGAACGGGACUGUGCCAGUGGAGAGACUAAAUGACAUGGCAACUCGAAUUGUUGCAACCUGGUAUAAAAUGGGCCAGGACAAGGAGUAUCCGUUGCCCAACUUUUCCACAAAUACCCAGGACGCAACCGGUCCACUUUAUCCGGGAGCUCUCUUCUCGCCCACUGGAGUGGUUAAUCAGUUUGUCAACGUCCAGGCGGAUCACAACGUUGUCGCGAGAGCGGUGGCCAGAGAUGCCAUCACGCUCCUCAAGAAUGUCGAUAAUACUCUUCCUCUCAAACGCAACGCCUCAUUGAAGAUUUUUGGCGCAGACGCGGGCCCGAAUCCGGAUGGUCUCAACUCCUGCAGCGACCAGGGAUGCGACAAGGGCGUCCUGACUAUGGGAUGGGGCAGUGGUAGCGCCCGACUCCCCUAUCUCAUCACUCCUCAAGAUGCUAUCCGCAACGUCUCCUCCAACGCUCAGUUCUAUAUCUCCGAUUCGUUUCCUUCUGGUAUCUCCGCUGGCCCUAAUGAUAUUGCUGUCGUCUUUAUCAACGCCGACUCCGGCGAGAAUUACAUCACUGUGGAGGGAAACCCCGGUGACCGGCUGGUAGCUGGGCUGUAUUCGUGGCACAAUGGAGACGAGCUGGUGCAAGCUGCGGCGAAGAAAUUCUCCACUGUCGUCGUUGUAGUGCACACUGUGGGCCCAAUUAUCCUGGAGAACUGGAUCGACCUGCCCUCAGUCAAGGCCGUUCUUUUUGCUCAUCUUCCAGGUCAAGAAGCUGGUGACUCGCUUGUGGAUGUUCUGUUCGGCGACUACAGCCCCAGUGGGCAUCUGCCAUAUACAAUUCCGUACAAGGAAUCCGACUAUCCGGCUAGUGUGAGUCUUAUCGAUCAACCGUUUGGGCAGAUUCAGGAUACCUAUACAGAGCGCAUCUACAUCGAUUACCGCCAUUUCCUUCAAGCCAACAUCACCCCGCGGUAUCCGUUUGGUCACGGUCUGUCCUACACUACCUUCAACUUUUCAGAAGCCUCUCUAUCGACAAUCACGCCUCUCACGCAAUAUCCUCCGUCCCGUCCUCCCAAGGGCCCUACGCCCACAUACAACAAUACCAUUCCGCCUGCGUCCGAAGUCGCCUGGCCAAAGGAUUUCAACCGCAUCUGGCGUUAUCUGUACCCAUACCUGGACAAUCCCGAAGCUGCAACGUCGACCGCGCCUUAUCCUUACCCAACGGGGUAUACCACGACUCCGCAGCCACCUCCGCGAGCUGGUGGCUCCCAAGGCGGGAACCCAGCGUUGUGGGAUGUCGCAUUCAACGUGAGCGUGAAAGUCAGCAAUACGGGUUCCCGGCCCGGCCGUGCGGUCGCGCAGCUCUAUGUCGAGCUGCCUGCAUCGACUCUAGGGGUUGACCUGCCCCCUUUGCAGUUACGCCAAUUCGAGAAGACCGCCAUUCUGCCGCCGGGAGGGAGUCAAGUGUUGACUCUCUCAGUGACCCGGAAGGAUCUGAGCAUCUGGGACGUUGUGGCCCAGGACUGGAAGGCACCGGUGAAUGGGCAGGGAGUGAAGUUUUGGAUAGGAGAGAGCGUGGCUGAUUUGAAGGUUGUGUGUGAGGUCGGUGGGCAGUGUCGGAGGGUCUAG